AUGAAGGAUGUGCUUUUCUCCCAUCAUGUAGGAAGACAGAUUGGUUUCAUCUUGAUGAGCUCUGUCUUUAUGGAGAGUUGCAGCGCAAAGAUUCUAGAGAAGACAUUUGACCAGUGGUUGAGAUAUAAAGAUGAAUGUAUGAAGAAGAUGGCCAAUGAUCCUUAUCCUUCAGGCCUCUUUUGCAACCGAACAUUCGAUAUGUAUGCAUGCUGGCCAGAUGGGAAUCCAGGAGCUAUUGUCAACGUAUCUUGUCCUUUCUAUCUACCCUGGUACGAGAAAGUUAAACAGGGCGUCGUGAGCCGCAAAUGUGGGCUUGACGGGAACUGGGUGCUGCUGAAUGGGACGGAGUUCUGGCGGGACCACGUCCAGUGUAUCGAAGAGAUGGAAGCCACCACGAAAGAGGAAGGAAGGAAGGAGUUCUCACAAUCAAAAAAGAUUUUCUAUUAGCUGAUUUAAUUAUGACAACUUUGCCUAUUAAUGCUCCUGUUCUCUUGGUCUUUCAGGAGACUUCGCUGCACUCGGAAUUAUAUUCAUGCUAAUCUUUUUGCUUCCUUUGGGCUACGGGCCAUUUCGGUGAUAGUGAAGGAUGCGUUGCUGGAGACGAUGUGGGGAAGAGAGACCUUCCAGAUGUCUGACUGGGAAGCCUUAUUGAGUCACGAGGCUGCCAUUGGUUGCCGGGUGGCUCAGGUGUUGAUGCAAUACUGCAUUCUAGCCAAUCACUAUUGGUUUCUGGUGGAGGCCGUCUACCUAUACAAACUGCUGAUCGGCGCCGUGUUUUCAGAGAAGAAUUACUACACGCUGUACCUCUACCUUGGCUGGGGGUCCCCUGUGGUCUUUGUGGUACCCUGGAUGGCUGCCAAAUACCUGAAGGAAAACACAGAGUGCUGGGGGGUUAAUGAGAACAUGGCUUACUGGUGGAUUAUUCGUUUCCCUAUUCUGCUGGCAUGCAUGGUUAAUCUGUUGAUUUUCAUGCAAAUUCUCAAAGUGAUCUUGGCUAAGUUACGGGCUAGUCAGAAGGACUACGCGGAUUAUAAACUGCGGUUAGCCAAGGCUACGCUAACCCUCAUCCCUCUGUUUGGAAUUCAUGAAGUGGUUUUCAUCUUUGCCACCGACGAGCAAACCACAGGAAUUUUGCGUUACAUCAAAGUUUUCUUCACACUUUUCCUCAACUCCUUCCAGGGGUUCCUGGUUGCUGUUCUCUACUGCUUUGCCAAUAAGGAAGUGAAAUCUGAAAUGAAGAAGAAAUGGCAGUUGUGGAAACUGGACCAUCCAGCGCUCAGCUGCACUCAGUGA